UCCUUUUGGAUAGAGGACUGCAGGAGGCUGGAGCACCUCAAGGAGCCGCGUCCCGCUCCCAGAAGAUGCUGGGAACAAUGAAAUAAGAAUUCCUCCAGUCAGCGCCGAAGCCAUCAUGUUGACGCGACUUUUCAGCGAGCCCAGCCUGAUCCCCGAAGUUCAGAAAUUCUCCAGCUGGGCCGAGGAGUGCGAGGAGGAUGCCCGCAGCGACAAGGAGGAGCGGAAGGGUAAGGGCUGCGCCCUCCCCGAGGAGCCGCCCGAGGGCUCGCUGGGGGAGAGCAAGGAGGAAGGGGAGCUAGGCGGGGACGAGGAGGAGGAGGAGGAGGAGGAGGAAGGCCUGGAGGAGGCGGAGGGCGAGCGGCCCAAGAAACGCGGCCCCAAGAAGCGCAAGAUGAUCAAGGCGCGCCUGGAGCGCUCCAAGCUGCGGCGGCAGAAGGCGAACGCCCGCGAGCGGAACCGCAUGCACGACCUGAACGCGGCCCUGGACAACCUGCGCAAGGUCGUGCCCUGCUACUCCAAGACCCAAAAGCUCUCCAAGAUCGAGACGCUGCGCCUGGCCAAGAACUACAUCUGGGCUCUCUCCGAGAUCCUGCGCUCGGGCAAACGGCCCGACCUGGUCUCCUACGUGCAGACUCUGUGCAAGGGGCUCUCGCAGCCCACCACCAACCUGGUGGCCGGCUGCCUGCAGCUCAACUCCCGCAACUUCCUGACGGAGCAGGGCCAGGAGGGCGGCCGCUACCACGGCCCCAACGCGUCGUUCGCCGUGCACCCCUACCCCUAUCCCUGCUCGCGGUUGGCCGCCGCGCAGUGCCCCCCGCCCGCCGGGCCGGGCUCGCACGGGCUGAGGACACACAGCUACUGCGCGUCCGCUUACGAGAGCCUCUACGGCAACGCGUCCCCCGAUUACAACAGCUCGGAGUACGACGGCGGGCUCAGCCCCCCGCUGUGCAUUAACGGCAACUUCUCCCUCAAGCAAGACUCUUCCCCCGACCACGAGAAAAGCUACCACUACUCUAUGCACUACUCGGCGCUGCCCGGCUCCCGCCCCGCCGGCCACAAUCUGGUCUUCGGCUCGGCGGGGGUGCGCGGGGGGGUGCACUCCGAGAACCUCUUCCCCUACGAUAUGCACCUCCCGCACGAGCGGGGCCCCAUGUACGAGGAGCUCAACGCCUUCUUCCACAACUGACCCCCCCGGGGCUCCGCCGCGGGCUUUGGUGCAAUAGCGGGACCCGACCCCGGCUGCGGGUCCUGAGCCCCGUGGGGACAAAGUGCUUUUUUUUGGACCAUUUCCCCCUUUUUCGGACAAUUAUUCCCUUAUUUAUUAUUUUUUUUCCCGGAUCAUUUUUCCCUUUUUUUUUCCCCCUUUCUCUUUUUGACCCACUCCCCCCCACUCCUCCUUUUUAUUUUUUAUUUUUUACCAAUUUUCCUCUAUUUCUUUAUUUUUAAUUAUUAUCAUUUACCCCCUCUCCGCCCCCCCGGGGCGGUGACCAGGAGCGCACGCAGCCCGACCCGGGGCUCUGGCUCAAACCGCGUCGUUUCUUAUUUAAUUCGUUUCUUAUUUCUCCCUCCCCACCACCGCCGCACCCCAUCCCCCCUCCCCACUUCUCCACCCCGCACCGUUUUGGGCCGUUUCCCCCCCUCCGCCGCCGUGAGCCCCCCCGAGCGUUGGACACCCCCGUGGGAGCGAGAGGAGAGCGCGCUGCGGCGCGGAGCGAAACUUUCCGAAGCAAUAAAGAGGCGAAACGGAGAUUCCAAUAUUUCUAUCUAUGCAAGCAGGCCCGGCCCGGCGGACGCUCACAGAUGCACUUUGCUUUGGGGGGGUCCGGCCCGGCCCCGCUCCCGCCCCCCCCGGUGCCCGGAGUUCCUCUCGCAGCGCGUUUGUGUGUCAGGACGUUUUUUACCUGUUUUAAAAAAAAAAAAAGAAAAAAAAAAGAAAAAAAAUCAUGAAACGGAAAACAAAAAAAAAAAAGGAAAAAAAAAAAGAAAAAGGAAAAGGAAAAAAAAAAAGGAAACGAACACAAAGAAAAAGGAAAAAAAAAAAAGAAAGAAAGAAAGAAAGGAAAAAGAGAUCAAAAUAAUGCAGAGCCGCCCCGGUUUUCCCGAGCUGGCGGAGCCGGGGCACGGCGCAGGGCAGCCCGCAGCGGUGCGAGCGGGAGCGGCGGGGAUGGGGGGGAUGCGGAGGGGCUGACGGCCCCCGGCCCAACCCCGGCCCGGAGCUGUGCCCGGCUGGACGGAGCCCUUCGGUCGGGAGCUGCUGUAAAAGCGGAGAGAUGAGGCUGUUUGCGAAGCUGCCCGCAUCACCGUAGAGCAACCAGCAUUUUUAGAGAGCAGGGAAGGAGGAGAGAUUCUGAGAAAUGUUUAAAAAAGAAAAAAAAAGAAAAAAAAAAGAAAAAAAAACGGGGAAAAAAAAAAGUUUUGGGAAAAAAAAAAAACAGAAAGAAACCCAAAAAUUAAAAAAAAAAAAAGAAAAAGAAAAAGGAAAAAAAAAACCCACAAAGAAACAAACAAACUAAAACAAAACCAGUUGUAGCAAAGGGGACCCGCCUGUCCGACACCAGAAGUGCUUUCGUGUUUCUGUUCCGUUUCAUUUCGAUGAAUAAAUAUCUAUGGCCAACGAUAUGCAAGAGCCCCCCCGCGCCCGCCCCCCGCCGCACCGCGGACACCGCUCGGGGCGCGGGGCCGGGGGUCCCGGCACCACCUCUGCAUGCACCGCCCCCGGCGCCCCCCGCCCGGACUGCUCGGCCCUGUAAUUACCGAGCGUCCUUCGACGGCGAUUAAUAAAUAUUCAAUGUUGA